AGCAGCGUUGCCAUGGAGAAGGAACAAGGCCCUCUGGCCUCCAGUGCUGAUGCCAGCGCACCCAGUAACACCAUCACCACCACCAGUACUGUCAGCACCACCAACAGCACUACAAAUAAUACCAGGCAGACUGUUCCACAAAUAUCAGUCUAUGGAGGCAUCCCAGACAGACAGACUGUUCAGGUGAUCCAGCAGGCGUUGAACAGACAGCCCAACACGGCAGCACAGUACCUCCAACAGAUGUAUGCAGCUCAACAGCAGCACCUCAUGCUCCAGACCGCAGCCCUCCAGCAGCAACAGCUCAGCCUGGCCGCAGUGCAGCAGGCCAGUAUUGUGGCAGGAAGACAAAGCUCCAGUCAAAAUGGGGCCACGUCCCAACAGACUGUGUCCUCACAAACCACUAUUAACUUGGCCGCAUCUCCAGCAGCUGCACAGCUGAUUAGCAGAGCCCAGAGUGGGAAUUCAGCUCCUGCAAGUAUUGCUCAACAGGCUGUGCUAUUGGGAAAUACGUCCAACCCCACCCUGACUGCCAGCCAAGCCCAGAUGUACCUGCGAGCUCAGAUGGCACAACAAAAUAACCUUGUGCAAGUAGCUAGGAGCCUAGGCCGUGCUGUUCCUUUGUCCCCUCAGCUCAUAUUCACUCCAACUGCCACAGUCGCCACCGUCCAGCCAGAGGUCUCAACACAAUCCAUUAACCAGCAGUCCGCCAGUGCACAGGUAAAGAACCUAGCCCUCCGUUGCCAGCAGGGGGCAGUGUCCUCCCCAUCUCAGACACAGCUUCAGAGUCUGAGUCUGAAUCAAAGCCCAGCAGCAGGAUUAGGAGCAGCAGUGCAGCCUGGGGUCCAGCUAAAGAGCCAGGGUCAAGGGCCUCAGGCAGCAGUGCCCAAGACCAACCCUACAGAGACACCUCUAGAUUCAGGGAAGAAGAACGAGAGUGCCAACGAGCUGACCACACGUAUGGUCAACGUGAGCCGUAAUGUGACCACAGUGACCAGUCAUCCUCUUAUAAACACAGCCUAUACGCAGAUUCAGACCCAUCAAUUGCUCCAACAACAUAAACAGCAGUUUGUGAUCCAGCAGCAGCCCCAGCUGAGUCAGAGUCAGGCCCAGAUCUUACAGACUGCCUCCAUCCAGCCCAACCUUCAGACCCAGGCCCACACUGUCCAGGCAGUGGCUGUUCAGCCGCAGAGCCAACAGUGUCCCAUGCCGGUGCUGCCCAAGCUGCCUGCACCCUGCCAGCAGGCCACCAUCUUCCACUCUACCAUGGGACCACAGGUGCUAUCUCACAAUGGCCAGGCAUCAAUACUCAACCAGACAAAAGCAAAGCCUGUGCAUAUAACUGCAGUUAAUCUCCAGAUCCAGCCAGCAUUAACCCAAGCUACUGUGCCAACACAGGACUGUGCCAGUAAAGACAAGCCAGCUCCACUUGCAGUCAGGGAAAUCUGCCCCACACCAAGUGAACAGGAGACACUGUCCUUGCUCACACAAGAGGCCGCCAGGUUGGAACAGUGCCAGUAUGGCCCAAACCAACCCACUGAUAACCAACACGAAGUUUGGGAAUGCGCAAUUUACUUCCUUCCUUUUGCAUUUGGCGCUGGAAAUCUUAAACCAAGGACUCUACGGGGGAACUGCUGCGCGGAACAAAGGCGUGUGCUCCUGGUAGCUGUUGACUAUUGCACUGCUUCUACAGAGAGGGUGAAUGUGAAUUCAGGUGUGGGCUCACCUCCAGCCAUGACCUCGGGUAAUGGUAAUAAUGCGCCCACUGUGACCGGCAGUACUCCUCAAAAUGGCGAGAGCAAACCACCUCAAGCAAUUGUAAAGCCACAGAUUCUCACUCACGUCAUUGAGGGAUUCGUUAUCCAGGAAGGAGCGGAACCUUUCCCCGUGGAGCGUCCAUUGUUGUUGAUUGAGAACCUGAGGAAGCAGAAGCAGCAAACUCACUCAGACUCAGAAAAGCAGAACGAGGGGAACAUCUCACACACAGCAGACUCUGAGAUGGAGGACCUGUCUCAACAAGAUCUGAAGAACCAGGGGGAGGAGCCAACACUAGCCUGUGAACUUUGUGGCAAAGUUGACUUUGCUUACAACUUCAAGAGGUCAAAGCGAUUUUGUUCAACAGUCUGUGCGAAAAGAUACAACGUGGGUUGCACAAAGCGAAUUGGUCUGUUCCCUAAUCGACGUACCACACUGGAGAAGCUCAAGAAGCAGAGGUCCUCCAACAACAGCCAUCAGAAUAGUUUGGAGGCUAAAAAACAGAUUCCCAAUAAUACCCAGCAGUCUAUUGGAGGAUCUGUUUCCUCCCCACACCUUUCCCAUCCAAGCCAGGGUGAAUCGAGUCAGUGCUCAGACAUGUCGAGUUACGAGGAGCCCCCCUCGCCCCUGUCUGCUGCUAGCUCAGGGGCCCAGAGGCACCAGCACGACAGAGGAACGGAACAUGCUGAGAACCACGGCCGAGACCUGCCUGUCCUCACACAACACUUUCUACCAAGUGAUCCUGUCAAGUGGAACGUGGAAGAUGUCUACGAGUUCAUCUGUUCCCUGCCAGGUUGUCAGGAAAUCGCUGAAGAGUUCCGCUCUCAGGAGAUUGACGGCCAGGCCCUGCUGCUGCUGAAAGAGGACCACCUCAUGAGCACAAUGAACAUCAAGCUUGGCCCUGCACUGAAAAUCUUUGCUCGCAUUAGCAUGUUAAAGGAUUCAUAGCCUCUCCCAUCAGGAGUCCUGUAAAUGCUAAAGGGAAGGACUGGAACCCCCCCCUCAAAAAAAACCUCUGCACUGAUUUUUUUUCCUCUAUAUUCCAGUGGCUUUGGACCCAUGGGAUAGAUGCUUAAAGCUGUGUUGUGGACUUUCAUCUCUGGUCACAAUGGAACAUUUAUCCCCAAGGGAUGGUGAGGGAGUGAUCACUGAGUUUGGAAACUGUUAAAAUGGUGAACUUUAUCCAGGGUGGUGGGUUAACAAUCAUUGAUGUUAAUUUGUGGAAUUGCUUGGAAUACAAGCACAAUUUCAUAUAU